AACUCUGUGUAUACAAUAGUUCCAUUAGUAUCCAAAAGAUUAGUUGGUCAUACCAGAAAUAACACAGUACUAUAUUAAAACCAGGAAGUUCAACAACUUGUUAUUGUUGUUGUUGUUGUUCUGUGUGAGACUUAGGCCUGAUACUCAUUUACUUUGUGUCACACUGCCUUUCCAAGCCAUGUUUACUCAAGAAGGACCAUAUCACAACUGAAGUUAAAAUCACAUGAAUGUCACUUAUUUUUCAUUCAUCUUAGGGCUGAGAGGAGCAUGGUGGGGCUCCCCCAGCCACACAGAGAGAUACCAAAGGAAGGCCAUGCCCUGCACAAGGGCCACAGGGCAGCAUCAUGGUGUCCCUUUUGCCCCACAGCCACAUCACAUGCCAGAUCCAUGCCCGAAAGAGCCGUCAGCCUCCGUGGAAACUGUGCCCUCACACCUGAGGCUGCCCGGGACAGCAAGUUAUUUCCACGGGUGCUGCCCUCUCGGGAGUGUUUUCACCCUGCGGCAGCCCCGGGGACAGCACAGGAGCCCUCAAGGAAUACACAUCCCACAGCAGAAUCACAGGAUCAGUUUGCUUGGAAAAUACCUGAGAUCAGCAAGUCCAACCCCUGACCCAACACCACCCUGUCAGCCAGACCAUGACGCUGAGCAUCACAUCCAGAUUUUCCUUUACGCGUCCAGGAACGGUGACUACCACCUGCCUGGGCAGUCCAUUCCAGUCCAAUCACUCUGUGAAGAAAUUCUUCCUAAUGUACAACUAAACUUCUCCUAGCACAGCUUGAGGUGAUAUCCUCUCAUCAUGUCACUAGUUGUGUGGGAGAAGAGGCCGAUCCACAGCUGGCUACUAUCUCCUGUCAGGUGGUUGUAGACAGUGGUAAGGUCACCCCCAAGCCUCCUUUUCUCUCGGCUAAACAAGCCCCUGCUCCCUCGGCCGCUCCUCAUCGGACAUGUACUCCCAGUCCUUCUCUGAACACGCUCCAGCACCUCAGUGCCCUCCCUGGAGUGAGGCGCCCAGAAGUGAGCACAGUGGUCGAGGAGGCCUCAGCGGUGCCGAGUGCAGCGCUUCCCUAGUCCUGCUGGCCGCACUGGUACAACGGUUUAAAAAGUGCUAAUUCUCCUUGGAUACAUGAACAAGGACUUUAAGACCAAGUUACAGAAUAGUGGAGGAAAGUUGCAAAGCCAAGAUGAACAUGAAAGGUUUAAAAAUGUCUGAUCUGAAAGAUAUUGUACACAAAACCCAUUGUAUUGAAACACUGCUGUCUGAGAACAAUUUGCAAGAUAUUGAGUAUCAUCUUAAAGAACUUGCAGAUGUUGAUAUGACUGUAGAAUAUCUUCAGAGGACAGAAGUUACCAAGGCUGUAUAUAGAGUACUCAAGAGCUGCCCUUCAGGAGAGUUGAAAAAGAAAGCAAAGCAGUUAUUGUCAAGGUGGAAAACACUUUACAAGAAUAACUGUGCUCAGUCAAUGCAAGUUAAAAAGUCAGUUUCUGUGUAUGUGAAAGAAGAAAUUGAGCAUCUCAGUGUAGUUCCUAGAGAGCAGUUGCUGUCUGAAGGACAAUGUCAGCAGGAGGCAUUAGAUGGUACUAGCUCCAACACUUUGGUCCCAUCACAAACUGUUAAAAAUGUGGUACAUAACAAUGCAGAAAUCAGUAUUAAUCAGCAUUCUUCUUUUGAGGAGCAACACACUGUUCAUGAAGAUUCUAAAUCUGUUGGUUGUGAAGCAAGCCUGCAGCAGGACCUGAUGAGAGCUCUGAGGUGUAAGUGUGUGGAUCUUCUUUUCAAAGCUUUGAUUGGUUCUACCAAAGAUGAAGAAGAAACUGUUAAAUGGCUAGAGUUAGCUAAAGAAAUUGAAGAACAUAUUUUUGCUCUUCAUGCUAAAAAUGAUAAAAAGUAUAAAAAUUGCAUCAGAAGUAAAGUCUCUAACCUUAAGAACCCUAAAAGUUGCCACUUAAAGCAUAACCUUUUUUCGGGAACUUUGAGCCCAAAGGUGUUUGCUGAGAUGACAGUGAUGGAAAUGGCCAGUGAUGAACUGAAACAGCUCAGGGCUUUGUACACAAAAUCAUCUGUUCAGGAACAUCAGCUUCCACAGGUGAUUAAUGGCACACAGACAAACAAAAUAAAGUGCAGACGCUGUGAAAAAUUUGAUUGCACUGUCACUAUGAUUGCCAGAGGAACUCUCUUUCUUCCAGCAUGGGUGCGAAACACAAAUCCAGAUGAACAAAUGUUGACAUACGUUAUUUGUAAUGAAUGUGGAGAACAGUGGUAUCACAGCAGAUGGAUUUGUUUGUAACGCUGUCCCUCUAUAAUAAGGGGCUUGGAAACGUGUAUGACAACUUACCUCUGUUGAAACUCUGUAAUUUUAAAUUCUAUGCUGAUAUUGUGUGGGUGCUGCCACUAAAAACUGCAAUAUCAAUUCUAAAAACUGUUGAUGUAUUUUUAAAGAUGGCUUGAAUGGAUCUUGCGUGUUUUUAAGUAAUGUAAAUAUGUAAAGAAAUAAAGGGUAAAAGGAAAAAAAUGGUUACA